CUGAGAUGCAUACAUACACACAAUAUUCCAAAUCGAAAAUGAAGAGGAACGAUUCAUUCCCCGACGGAAGAACAACUUAUGAUAAGCUAGUGGCAUAUAAGGAAGCCCUCGAGAAAGAGUUCAAAGAAUGGAGUGAUUGGGCGAACGAGAAGGUUAUGCUGGCUGAAAUAAUGUUGGAGAAGUCCCAAAGUGAGUUGAAAUUACUGAAGCAAGAGAAAGAAGAGCUCGACAAAUUUGACAAGGAGAGUCGGACUUUGGAGGAGGUUACGACAAAACGGCUGUCUGAAAUGCAGAUUGCAUCGGACAACACGGUUCGAAAGAUCGAACUGGAUAGCCUUACUCUUCGCCGCCUCGAAGAGGAGAAUUUGGAAUUGAAGGAGAUGAGGGAAGAUGCUAGGUUGAAGGCUUUGGCAUCCGCUAAUAACGUGCGUGAAGCUCGGAGAAGGGAGCAAGAAACACUCAAGAAACUGCAAUCGUGCGAAAGGGAGUUAACUCUGUUAGUCGAGGAACUAGCGUGUCACAACCGUAAAAAUGCUGAGCUGGAAGAGGACCUAGGAAAGGUCAACGAAAGACGGAACCAGUUGAAGGUUCUGAUCGAGCACGAGAAGAAGGAGAAGCUAAAAGUGAGCGCGCAACUUGAUUUCUUGAGGGCGAAAAGGAAAGAAUUCAAUGAUCUGAUGAAAAUGCAAGAUGACACCAUCACACAAACGGCGGAAAAAAACAAGCAGACACUGAAGGCCAAAACCGAGAAUCUCGAAAAAUAGCAUGGAAGAGUUUCUUCUUUUAUACAUGUGCUGGUUUUGGUUUAUGACUAUCGUGAGAUUCUAUUUUUGGAAAAUGAAACGAGUGUUGCUUGCUCCUCGUUUUUCCAAUGCCUUAGUUGUCUCUUACCUAAAAUGUACUCCUAAAUACCCUCCGGUGUUUUCUACUGUUGCACACCACCAUCACUUUUCGGUUAUUCCCCGAGUUUUUCUCAUAUUUUCGUGGACAUCUAUGGAUAUUAACCUGACAUUCAAUUGUUGAAUUUAUGAUUUUUUUUGUUUUGUGUUCGGAUUGACUUGUAAAUUGCAAUUGAGGUUCUUAUGUUUUAUGGUUUCUAUUCGAGGUUUAUC